UAUAGUAUAUUGUUAUGAAAAUACAUUCUUUGAAACUAAGUAAUUUGAGUUAGGAUAUGAAAAUAGACUUUAUAUGUGAUGUAUUAUAAUAUAAUAUGGAUCGAAGGACAGUUAUUAAAUUAUUGAAAAAAUAAUAUUAUAAUUUAUAAAGUAGUUAUGAUUUAUAAGUGGGUAUGUUUAGUUACAGUUUUGUUGAUAAUCUUGUUGGAUCACUUAACAAAACAACAUUAUAUUCCGCCUCCCGACUCUUGUGCUUUUGCUAAAACUUGCAAUCACACUGGACUAUCAAUAUGUGGUAUCGAAAAGAAAAAAAUGAUUACAAGAUUAUUUCUAGAUGAUUGUGAUUUAUUUGAAUACAACUGUGACUAUCACAAAGAUUAUACCAAAACAAAUAGAGGGAAAUGUCAAACUAACGAUACAGUGAUAUCAUCAACAGCAUCAUAUAUAAGCACAAAAAUUCAUUUAAAUAUUUCUACUAUUGAGGAAAAUAAUUCUACAGCAAUUAUUUCAGAAAUAGUAAAUGCAACCUUGAUGACACCUGGUACUAUACCAGCAUCAGAAACGAAUUCUUCAUUAAAUACGUCAACUAUGAAUGUUACUUGUAUUUGUCCUACUAUAAUAUGUCCAAAUUCAAAUAUAACAACAAAAAUGGCACCUCCAAUUAGUAACUCAACUGUUUCUUUAAAUACAACAGUAUCGUCCAUAAGCAUGACUCCAAUAACUGUGUCAAGUACUGAAACAAUAAACAAUUUGACAAGUACUGAAGCAACAAUAAACACUAGUACCAAAGCAACUAUCAGUUCUACUAUUACUGAAGCAACAAUCAAUUCAUCAAUAACUGAUUCAACAAGCAUCAAAGCAACUAUCGAUUCGGCAAGUACCAAAGCAAAAAUCAAUUCAACAAUCACCGAAGCAACAAUUAAAUCGAUGAGCACCAAAGGAGUGAAUAUAAGUAACAGUAGAAAUUCAACAAAAAGAGUAUCUGCAUUGACUACAUGUACUACAUUGAAGACAACAUCAUCAACAACCGAAGCAAUAACGACCACAGAAGCGACUAUACCCAAAAAUUUCAAAGAAAAUGAAAACGCUGGUAAAGACAUACAAACAUCACAAGAUAAGUGUGUGUAUGCAAAACAUUGCAACAGACCACAAACAUGGGAGACUACAGCUAAAGGUGAAACGAGGGAUUUCUACCAAAUACUUCGAGCUCAAUUCGGAGAUCGUGUGAAACUAUUGCAAGAUACUACUCAUUUUCCAAGACCUAUUUCUAAGAAUUUCAUUGAUAACAAUGAGGGAUUUCAGUUCGGUUUUCAUAACGAAAGGGUGAAUGAAGUUUAAUUGAAUGUU